AUGAUGAUGAUGAUGGGCCGUGUGAUGUGUGUGUUGGCCGUUGUGCUGUGCUGCGCCUGCGGGUAUACCAUGACGGCUGCUGCUGCUGUUGAUAAUGACAGUCCCAGUGGCCGUGGUGUAUCCCGUGGGGCUGUGGAGGUGUCGUGUGCGGCCGGCGGUGCGCUGCGUGUACGCCCCGCUGCUGAGAGCGAGUGGCUUACAUGCGGUGCGGGCAGCCGUGUGUCUGCAUGUGGGAAGUACGCAGACCUCUGCCGCCAGCGUACCGCAAGAGCAGCAAGAACAACAACAACCAUUGAUACUACUACUAAUGGACAGCUAAAGGCGGUGAUGGCUUAUAUGGGUAGUACCAGGGUUGAUGUCCCUGAAUUUACUCCUAAACGGUGGCAGCAGAUCGAAGAGCACAAGAAGAGUAAGAAUAACGACCAUACACGUCUUACUACCGAAGAGGCAGUAAAACUAGAUAAAGAGUUAACUCAAAAGGAAAUGCGUGAAAAGGAAAAGCAGGCUGAACAGCUAAAGCAAAAACAACAAGAACUAGCUGAAAAGGAAGAAAUGGCAGGAAGGCUAACUGAACAACAAGAACAAGAAAGACGGGAGUCAAAGGAUCAUGAACGUUCACUUCAACAGACGAAGGACACACGGGAGAAUGAAAACCUGGUUCAAGAAGACAGUGAGGUGGCCCGCCCAUCAGUUCCUGCUGUAGGUGAGCCAGAGUCAACUCCUGUUGUAACUACAGCUACAGAUCCUUUACCUACAAAAGCUGCAGAGUCACACAGUACACCAGAAGGUUCAACUGAAUCAGAAAGAACUGAAAAUCCACCAACACGGGAACACUCAACUGAAGGGGUUGAUACCAAACAAACAAACCCACAAACACAGUCUGAAAAUACCACAACAAGUUCAGAAGAAACAAAUACUACUACUCCGCCGAGCACCGAGAAUACUGUCAGUGAAGUAUCAACCGCGACUCCUUCUCGUGACUCUAAUCUUACCACGCAAUCUACUGCAACUGAUGAUGUGACUGCCGCACCAAACUCAACAGAAACAAAUACCACUACUCCUCAGAGCACCGAGAACACCACCACAGAAGCACUGACCAACACUCCAUCUCCUGUACCCGACCCACAGAUCAGCAACAUCGCCCCCACAGUACAGAACAAGGCUAAUGUUGACAGCAGUGUCAGUCCUGUGUGGAUAUGCACUGCUGCACCGCUGCUGAUUGUGGCUGUGUUGUUCUCCGUUACCGUGUGUUGA